GGAAGGCACCAAGGAGACAGGCAGUGGGGAGCUAGCUAGCUAGCUAGCUAACGGUGCCAGGCCUCGACGAAAUGCCCCUCCCCACCCCCUCUCCCCCUGAAGACAGUGAGUAGGCUGAAUUCUCCGGGUUGAUAAAUGAGAGGCGCCGAUCAGGAGCUGCGCGGAGCUGCGGGAGGAACUCGCGUCCCAGCCCCAGCAAGUCCGCCGCGAGCCGGCCGAGCGCGCCCCGCGAGUGCCCGUGCCAUGGAGCCCCUCUGGGACCCGCAACCGGCCUCGCAGCCCGGCGCAGGACGCGGGCGAGCCGGGCUGCGCGCAGGGGGACAUGCUUGAAGGGACAUGGGCUGGAGGUGCCGGGCCGGGAGGAGCUGACCAGGCGAACCGAGGCCGAGCGCGGGCCUCCUCUUUGCAGGGACAGGAGGCCCCUCGCCACCAUGAGCAGCACCCUGUCACCCACUGACUUCGACAGCUUGGAGAUCCAGGGCCAGUACAGUGACAUCAACAAUCGCUGGGAUCUGCCCGACUCAGACUGGGACAAUGACAGCAGCUCCGCCCGCCUCUUCGAAAGGUCUCGAAUCAAGGCUCUGGCAGAUGAACGGGAGGCGGUACAGAAGAAAACCUUCACCAAGUGGGUGAACUCGCACCUGGCUCGAGUCACUUGCCGAGUAGGGGACCUGUACAGUGACCUCCGGGACGGACGGAACCUCCUGCGGCUCCUCGAGGUGCUCUCCGGAGAGACACUGCCCAAGCCCACCAAGGGCCGCAUGAGGAUCCACUGCCUGGAAAAUGUGGACAAGGCAUUGCAGUUCCUAAAAGAGCAGAAGGUGCACCUGGAAAACAUGGGUUCCCACGACAUCGUGGACGGGAACCACCGGCUCACCCUCGGGCUGGUCUGGACCAUCAUCCUCCGGUUCCAGAUCCAGGACAUCAGUGUGGAGACAGAGGACAACAAGGAGAAGAAGUCGGCGAAGGACGCUCUGCUGCUCUGGUGCCAGAUGAAGACGGCAGGGUACCCCAAUGUCAACGUGCACAACUUUACCACCAGCUGGAAGGAUGGACUGGCCUUUAACGCCAUCGUCCACAAGCACCGGCCAGACCUGCUGGACUUCGAGUCCCUGAAGAAGUGUAAUGCUCACUACAACCUGCAGAAUGCCUUCAACGUGGCUGAGAAGGAGCUGGGGCUCACCAAGCUGCUGGAUCCCGAAGAUGUGAACGUGGACCAACCAGAUGAGAAAUCCAUCAUUACCUACGUGGCCACUUACUACCACUACUUCUCCAAAAUGAAAGCCCUGGCUGUGGAAGGCAAAAGAAUCGGGAAGGUCCUGGACCAUGCCAUGGAGGCAGAGCGCCUGGUGGAGAAGUAUGAAUCCCUGGCCUCGGAGCUGCUGCAGUGGAUUGAGCAGACGAUCGUGACCCUCAAUGACCGGCAGCUGGCCAACUCCCUGAGUGGGGUCCAGAACCAGCUGCAGUCCUUCAACUCCUACCGCACCGUGGAGAAGCCACCCAAGUUCACUGAAAAAGGGAACCUGGAAGUGCUUCUCUUCACCAUCCAGAGCAAGCUCCGAGCCAACAACCAGAAGGUGUACACUCCCCAUGAGGGCCGGCUCAUCUCCGACAUCAACAAGGCCUGGGAGCGGCUGGAGAAAGCCGAGCACGAACGCGAGCUGGCCCUGCGCACAGAGCUCAUUCGCCAGGAGAAGCUGGAGCAGCUGGCCGCCCGUUUUGACCGCAAGGCUGCCAUGCGGGAGACCUGGCUCAGCGAGAACCAGCGCCUUGUAUCCCAGGACAACUUUGGGCUGGAACUGGCAGCCGUGGAGGCGGCGGUGCGAAAGCACGAGGCUAUCGAGACGGACAUCGUGGCGUACAGCGGCCGCGUGCAGGCGGUGGACGCAGUGGCUGCCGAGUUGGCUGCGGAGCGCUACCACGAUAUCAAGCGCAUCGCCGCUCGACAGAACAAUGUGGCGCGGCUCUGGGACUACCUGCGGCAGAUGGUGGCCGCCCGACGAGAGCGGCUGCUCCUCAACCUGGAGGUGCAGAAGGUGUUGCAGGAUCUGCUCUACCUCAUGGACUGGAUGGAGGAGAUGAAGGGCCGGCUGCAGUCUCCAGACCUGGGCAAGCACCUGGCUGGGGUGGAAGACUUACUGCAGAUGCAUGAGCUGGUGGAGGCUGACAUCGGGGUGCAGGCCGAGAGGGUGCGGGCCGUGUGCGCCUCGGCGCUGCGCUUCUCCGACCCAGACAAAGAGUACAAACCAUGUGACCCGCAGCUGGUGUCGGAGCGGGUGGCCGCCCUGGAACAGAGCUACGAGGCCCUGUGCGAGCUGGCGGCGGUGCGGCGGGCCCGGCUGGAGGAGUCGCGGCGCUUGUGGCGGUUCCUGUGGGAGGCGGGCGAGGCGGAGGCCUGGGUGCGGGAGCAGCAGCAUUUGCUGGCCUCGGCUGACACGGGCCGGGACCUGACCGGCGUCCUGCGCCUGCUCAACAAGCAUGCGGCCCUGCGCGGCGAGAUGAGCGGCCGCCUGGGGCCCCUGAAGCUGACGCUGGAGCAGGGCCGGCAGCUGGUGGCCGAGGGUCACCCCGGGGCCAGCCAGGCGGCUGCCCGCACCGCCGAGCUCCAGGCACAGUGGGAACGGCUGGAGGCCCUGGCUGAAGAGCGCGCCCAGCAGCUGGCUCAGGCUGCCAGCCUCUACCAGUUCCAGGCCGAUGCCAACGACAUGGAAGCAUGGCUGGUGGAUGCGCUGCGCCUGGUGUCCAGCCCCGAGCUGGGCCAUGAGGAGUUUUCCACGCAGACGCUGGCCCGGCAGCACCGGGCUCUGGAGGAGGAGAUCCGUGGCCACCGGCCCACCCUGGAUGCCCUGCGAGACCAGGCGGCCGCCUUGCCCGCUGCACUGAGCCGUACCCCCGAGGUGCAGGGCCGUGUCCCCACGUUGGAGAAGCACUACGAGGAGCUGCAGACCCGGGCAGGCGAGCGGGCGCGGGCGCUGGAGGCAGCCCUGGCCUUCUACACCAUGCUCAGUGAGGCCGGGGCUUGCGGGUUGUGGAUAGACGAGAAGGAGCAGUGGCUGAACGGCCUGACACUGCCUGAGCGCCUGGAGGACCUGGAGGUGGUGCAGCAGAGAUUCGAGACCCUGGAGCCCGAGAUGAAUGCACUGGCAGCACGAGUCACUGCAGUGAACGGCAUUGCUGAGCAGCUGCUGCAGGCCAACCCCCCAAGCAGGGACCGCAUUGUCACCACCCAACAGCAGCUCAACCAGAGGUGGGAGCACUUCCGGUCCCUGGCAGAUGGCAAGAAAGCAGCCCUGACCUCAGCCCUGAGUAUCCAAAACUACCACCUGGAAUGCACCGAGACUCAGGCCUGGAUGAGGGAGAAAACCAAAGUCAUCGAGUCCACCCAGGGCCUGGGCAACGACCUAGCCGGUGUGUUGGCCCUGCAGCGGAAGCUGGCAGGCACCGAGCGGGACCUGGAGGCCAUCGCCGCCCGCGUGGAUGAGCUGGCACGUGAAGCUGAUGCUCUGGCCACCAGUCACCCCGCCCAGGCGCCAGCCAUCAACGCCCGGCUCGCAGAGGUCCAGACAGGCUGGGAGGACCUGAGGGCCACCAUGCGGCGCCGGGAAGAGUCGCUGGGGGAGGCACGGCGGCUGCAAGACUUUCUGCGCAGCUUGGAUGACUUCCAGGCAUGGCUGGGUCGCACACAGACGGCUGUGGCCUCCGAGGAGACCCCGGCCACCCUGCCUGAGGCCGAGGCCCUCCUGGCCCAGCACGCGGCCCUGCGUGGAGAGGUGGAGCGGGCCCAGAGCGAAUACAGCCAACUGCGCACUGUGGGCGAGGAGGUGACCCGGGACCAGGCUGAUCCCCAGUGCCUCUUCCUGCGGCAGCGGCUGGAAGCCCUGGGUACCGGCUGGGAAGAGCUGGGCCGCAUGUGGGAGAGUCGGCAAGGCCGCCUGGCCCAGGCUCACGGCUUCCAGGCCUUCCUGCGUGAUGCACGCCAGGCAGAGGGUGUGCUCAGCAGCCAGGAGUACUUCUUAUCACACACGGAGAUGCCUGGGAGUCUGCAGGCCGCAGAUGCAGCCAUAAAGAAGCUGGAGGAUUUCGCGAGCACCAUGGAGGCCAGUGGGGAGCGUAUCCGUGGGCUGCUGGAGGCCGGGCGCCAGCUGGUGUCGGAGGGCAACAUCCACGCUGAGAAGAUCCAGGAGAAGGCGGACUCCAUUGAGAGCAGACACCGCAAGAACCAGGAGGCCAUGCAGCAGCUCCUGGGCCGCCUUCGGGACAACAGGGAGCAGCAACACUUCAUCCAAGAUUGCCACGAGCUGAAGCUCUGGAUCGACGAGAAGAUGCUGACGGCGCAAGAUGUUUCCUAUGACGAGGCAAGAAACCUGCACACCAAGUGGCAGAAGCAUCAGGCCUUCAUGGCCGAGCUGGCGGCCAACAAGGACUGGCUGGACAAGGUGGACAAGGAGGGCCGAGAGCUGAGCCUAGAGAAGCCAGAGCUGAAAGGCCUGGUGACUGAGAAGCUAGGCACCCUGCAUCAGUGCUGGGACGAACUGGAGAGCACCACCCAGGCCAAAGCCCGCAGCCUCUUCGAUGCCAAUCGCGCUGAGCUGUUCGCCCAAAGCUGUUCGGCCCUGGAGAGCUGGCUGGAGAGCCUGCAGGCCCAGCUACACUCGGACGACUAUGGCAAGGACCUCACCAGUGUCAACAUUCUGCUCAAGAAGCAGCAGAUGCUGGAACGGGAGAUGGCAGUGCGGGAAAAGGAGGUGGAGGCCAUCCAGGCGCAGGCCAAAGCGCUGGCCCAGGAGGACCAGGGCGCCGGCGAGGUGGAGCGGACGUCUCGGGCUGUGGAGGAGAAGUUCCGAGCCCUGUGCCAGCCCAUGAAGGAGCGCUGCCAGCACCUGCAGGCCUCGCGUGAGCGGCACCAGCUCCACCGAGACGUGCAGGAUGAGAUUCUGUGGGUCACAGAGCGACUUCCCAUGGCCAGCUCCAUGGAACACGGCAAGGACCUCCCCAGUGUCCAGCUCCUCAUGAAGAAAAACCAGACGCUGCAAAAGGAGAUUCAGGGCCACGAGCCACGCAUUGCAGACCUGACAGAGCGUCAGCGAGCUCUGGGUGUGGCGGCGACUGGCCCCGAGCUGGCAGAGCUACAGGAGAUGUGGAAACGCCUGAGCCACGAGCUGGAGCUUCGGGGGAAGCGGCUGGAGCAGGCCCUGCAGGCCCAGCAGUUCUACCGUGAUGCUGCUGAGGCCGAGGCCUGGAUGGGCGAGCAGGAGCUGCACAUGAUGGGCCAGGAGAAGGCCAAGGACGAGCUGAGUGCCCAGGCAGAAGUGAAGAAGCACCAGGUCCUGGAACAAGCCCUGGCCGACUAUGCCCAGACCGUCCACCAGCUGGCCUCCAGCAGCCAAGACAUGAUUGACCAUGAGCACCCAGAGAGCACGAGGCUGUCCAUCCGCCAAGCCCAGGUGGACAAGCUAUAUGCCAGCCUGAAGGAGCUGGCCGGGGAACGACGGGAGCGGCUGCAGGAGCAUCUGCGGCUGUGCCAGCUGCGCCGGGAGCUGGACGACCUGGAACAGUGGAUCCAGGAACGUGAGGUGGUGGCCGCCUCCCAUGAGCUGGGCCAGGACUACGAGCAUGUGACGAUGCUCAGGGACAAAUUCCGAGAGUUCUCCCGGGACACAAGCACCAUCGGGCAGGAGCGCGUGGACGCGGCCAACACGCUGGCCAACGGGCUCAUCUCGGGGGGCCAUGCCGCCCGGGCCACAGUGGCUGAGUGGAAGGACAGCCUCAACGAGGCUUGGGCUGACCUGCUCGAACUACUGGACACGAGGGGCCAGGUGCUGGCAGCCGCGCAUGAGCUACAACACUUCCUGCACGGAGCACGCCAGGCCCUGGCCCGUGUCCAGCAGAAGCAGCAGCAGCUGCCGGAUGGCGCCGGCCGCGACCUUAAUGGUGCUGAGGCCCUGCAGCGCCGCCACUGUGCCUUUGAGCACGACAUCCAGGCCCUCAGUGCCCAGGUUCAACAAGUGCAGGACGAUGGCGUCCGGCUACAGAAAGCCUACGCAGGAGACAAGGCAGAUGAGAUUGGCCGCCACAUGCAGGCCGUGGCCGAGGCCUGGACCCAGCUGCAGGGGAGCUCGGCCGCCCGCCGUCAGCUGCUGCUGGAUACCACGGACAAGUUCCGCUUCUUCAAGGCUGUUCGGGAGCUGAUGCUGUGGAUGGAUGGGGUGAACCUGCAGAUGGACGCUCAGGAACGGCCCCGGGAUGUGUCAUCUGCAGACCUGGUCAUCAAGAACCAUCAAGGCAUCAAGGCCGAGAUCGAGGCCAGGGCUGACCGCUUCUCCUCCUGCAUUGACAUGGGGCAAGGGCUGCUCGCCAGAGGCCACUAUGCGGCUGAGGAGAUCUCAGAGAAGCUGUCACAGCUGCAGGCCCGGCGCCAGGAGACGGCAGACAAGUGGCAGGAGAAGAUGAACUGGCUUCAGCUCGUGCUGGAGGUGUUGGUGUUCGGGAGAGAUGCAGGGAUGGCUGAGGCCUGGCUCUGCAGCCAGGAGCCACUGGUGCGCAGUGCCGAACUGGGCUGCACGGUGGACGAGGUGGAGAGUCUCAUCAAGCGACACGAAGCUUUCCAGAAGUCUGCGGUGGCCUGGGAGGAGCGUUUCAGUGCCCUGGAGAAGCUGACUGCGUUGGAAGAACAGGAGAAGGAACGGAGGAGGAAGAGGGAGGAGGAGGAGCGGAGGAAGCAGCCCCCUCCUCCAGCCCCGGCUGCCGCCCCGCCUGCAGGGGACCUGGUGGAUGGCCAGGCCAGCGACGCUCCUGGGGAUGGAAGUCACUCUCGGUUGCCAACGUCCACACUACCUGCCAGUGUUAAUGGCGUCUGCACAGACUCGGAGACCCCACAGCCCCAGUUGGAACAGCAGAGACUUGAGCAGGGCAGCUUCCCCGAAGGGACUGGCACUGGCACAGGGGGAGAGGCCAGUGGGCCCCAGGGUGAGCGGCCACCCCACACAAGGGGCACGGCACCCCCCAGCAUUACCCAGAGCAGGUCUGAGUCGGCGAGGAUGGCCACGCUGCCCCCGAGAGGCCCUGAGCUGUCUGCCCAGGAGCAGAUGGAGGGGAUGUUGUGCCGAAAGCAGGAGAUGGAGUCGUUCGGCAAGAAGGCAGCCAACAGGUCCUGGCAGAAUGUAUACUGUGUGCUGCGGCGUGGGAGCCUGGGCUUCUACAAGGACGCGAAGGCGGCCAGCGCAGGGAUCCCCUACCACGGGGAAGUGCCUGUCAGUCUGGCCAGGGCCCAAGGCAGCGUGGCCUUAGAUUACCGGAAGCGCAAGCACGUCUUCAAGCUGGGGCUGCAGGAUGGAAAAGAGUAUUUAUUCCAGGCCAAAGAUGAGGCCGAGAUGAGCUCGUGGCUGAGGGUGGUGAACGCGGCCAUCACCACAGCGUCCUCCGCUUCUGGGGAGCCUGACGAGCCUGUGGUGCCCAGCGCCACUCGGGGCAUGACCCGCGCCAUGACCAUGCCCCCCGUGUCCCCUGUUGGGGCCGAGGGGCCAGUGGUCCUGCGCAGCAAAGAUGGCAGAGAACGAGAACGAGAGAAACGCUUCAGCUUCUUCAAGAAGAACAAAUAGCAGGCGGCAGGACUCCCGGGCCAGCUGGGCCCACUUCAGGACACUGCCAGGGGCGUGGGCGCCCCGCUCUCCUCCGCCAGGACAGCGGCCUGCUGCUAGGGGCCGUGGCUGGUCACCCCAUCACCACUGGAACUGUCUCUGGGGACAAGUCCGUGUCCCUCAGGGCAGCCCUUAUCUCCUGCUAUUUAACUCCAGACUGGUGGUGGGACCCAGGCAACCCCCGAUCCCACUCCCUUCCCCUCUCCCCUGAGCCUUACGCCCCCCCACAGUGCCGAUAGCUCUGUACCCCCAACACAGGUCAUAGGGGUGUGGCUGCCCCUGGUUUGGGGCUACUCUCCUGACAUGCCCGAGCUCGCCGUCCCAGCCUUUGCCCUGGGACCGCCAGGAAUCUCUCAGAGCUGAAGCAGGACCUGGGGACAAGACUGCGGAUGAUAGAGUCGGCGGCCCCCACCCCUUCUCUGACUCCGGGCACAGCUGCUCCUAACAGCCACAGCUAGGAGUCUGGUCAGGGCGGUGAUUAAAGAGCUCAGCUUCUCUU